UCAGCGGAGAGGUGUCCCCAGUGGAGCUGCAGGAGCUGAACCUGUGCAGAGGACAGAGAUGGAGUGGCGUCAGCAGACCAGUGUCAGCUGUGCACACGCGUUCAACGAGGCCCAGCGCUGGAUCCAGGUGGUGACUGGAAAGUUGUUUGGUUGCAGUGACUUCCGAGCUGCCUUGGAGAAUGGAGUCCUGCUCUGCGAUUUGAUCAACCAGUUGAAACCCGGCAUCAUUAAAAGAGUAAACAGGCUGUCUACUCCCAUCGCUGGCCUGGACAAUGUGAACGUGUUCCUGAAAGCCUGCGGUAAACUGGGACUGAACGAGUCCCAGCUGUUUCAUCCAGGAGACCUGCAAGACCUGUCCACUCGCGUCACUCUCAGACGUGAUGAGAGCAGCAGAAGACUGAAAAAUGUUCUGAUCACCAUCUACUGGUUGGGCCGCAAAGCUCACCUGGACGCGUUCUACAGUGGACCUCAGCUCAACUUCAAGGCCUUUGAAGGACUCUUAGGUUUGGCCUUGUCCAAGUCCCUAGACGAGGGCAGUAACGUGUUUGUGAGAGACGGCGGGUACAGAGAGUGCUGGUACCCGGAGAGGGAGGAACGUCAGCGUAUGAGACGGAGCUAUAAGAGGGAGAACUCUGUGGACUGUGUUGAUUCUCCGGACUCCCGGCCCCUCCGCCAAAACAGUGAAGGUUGUGGAAGUGAUGCAGAAGCUGAGCAGGUCUUCAGAAUGGAGAGCUCACAGCCCCCAGUCCAUCAGACUAAGGGUCAUAUCCCACAACCACUUCUACGGAGAAAGCAAAGACGAGAGGAGAUUGGAAGCGACGGCCCACUCACCAGAGCAUGUCACAACCAGGUCAGGCCUGAGACUCCGGUUCAGGUCAACCCUGGCUGGAUUUGGAGUAAAUCUCUCAGCGACAUCCCGAUGUUCUACCCUGCGCGUAAACUUCCCAAGCAGAACACCGGUCACGAUGGGGGCCAGGACGCUGACACGGCCGAGGAGUGGCAGCAAGAAGACGCAGACAUGGGCAGCGUUCCCGGCAAGGAGAGCGACGCUCAGUGGCAGGAUGACUUGACAAAGUGGAAGAAUCGUCGCCGGAGCUCCAACACUGACCACCGCAGGAAGUCGCUGGACAGAGAGCAUGUGAUCAACGCGUGCUCUCUGUCCAUGACCAAUGGGGCCGUGAGCAACUUAAAGAACGACACACAACGCGGCGCAAUGCUAAAGAGUGACCAGCCGCCACCGCGCAGGUGUAACCCCGCCCCCCGGCUCCACUCCACCGCUCCUCUGUCCAAAUCUUCAAGCUCCGAUCUCCGGCCACACACUCGAGCUCUGCUGUCCCGCGGCUACGCCACUGAGGCACCUUACAGGCCCAGGGUGACGCUCAUCACCUACAGCUCAGCCCAUACGCAGGGAUCACUGGUUGGCGCCAUGCCUGCCUCCGAUGGGACCAUCCUGGGAGAGGAGACCCACUUUCCCUCCCUGGCUUCAGAGGGAGCAGGAGCCACCACACCCUCGGUAGACUUCCCGUUCAGCUCUCAGACUCAGGUCAAAGCUCAGGGCAGACCAGCUCCUCUCCAGCCCUCAUCUGAACCGGCUCAGCCCCCGAAUGUUCCCAUGAAUAAAAUCUCCACUCUGGUCACCACCUUGCAGCCCAAGGAGGCCACAAAAUCCACCUGCACUGCAUCUAUGUUGAAUCACAGGGAGCUUCCACCCUGCGUCGAUCCAGCCGUUCCCACCUUCGGACCUGCUCCAGUGAAUCAGACGUCUCUGGAGGACACGCCCCAGGAGGAGAGCCUUAAGAAGUCUAGGGAACCAGCUAUGAAAACCGCAGCUACCUACAAGUACUUGGCUAGAACUGUGUCGUGGUCCGGCUCGGCCAGCCUGCCCCGUGGCUACCGGCGGUCCGAGGGCUCGUCCCGUCUCUCCUCUUCGAUCACAGCGAGACCUUUCGGGACCAAGCAGUCGAGGAUGUCGUCCCUGCCGAGACUGUGCACUGUGGACGGCAGCGGUUUGCAGUUGAACAGCGAGAAAGAAAAAUGUCUUUAUCCACCCACGAAGUCUUCUCUUAAAAGACAGACUGCAGCCAGUCACCUGAGGACUUCACUCAGACUGAAGAAAACCAGCCAGGUGAAGCAGAGUGGUUCAGAUCAAGUGGUGGUGGAGGGGGGAGCGGGGGGGUCCAGUCUCUCCACUCAGUCCUCCCUCAAGACCAACGGGUUCCACCACCAGCCCUGCACCCAGACCCAGCCACUACCUCAUUCAACCCUGCAGGCCCAGCACUACAACAGCGCCACUCUGCCGACAACUACCAAGGUGGAUCACAGUAACAUGAGAGUGAGCCUUACCCUUAAACCCAAAAGGGUACCAGACUUCGGCUUGCAGACUCACUGGGACUCGACAGGAGCGAGAGUGAAGUUCAUCCAGCCCGGCAGUCCAGCGGAGCUCUGCCAGCUGCGUGUGGAUGAUGAGAUUGUGGCUGUUGACGGAGUGGCGGUGGCACACAUGAACUACAACCAGUGGAAGGAUAAAAUGACGUCUGCCCUGCAGACCGGCAAUCUGAGCAUGGACAUUAGACACUAUGGCAACAAGGAUUGGAGCUCCAGUGAGAAGAGUCAUCCCGACCAGCCAGGCAGGAGCAGGAUGACCCUCAAUCUGACGGCCGCAGCGCCCGGUCUGAUAGGUUGUCCCGAUCACCAUGCCAACCGCACUGCCUCUACAGAAACCGCAGCUUUGAAACUCAACGGGCACAAAGACAGCGUUGAACAAGGUGAAGUCUUGGAUGGAGGAUCUGCUGAAGGCCGCAGCACGGCCAAAAGUAAAGGAGGUUCCGAAUCUGCGAUAUCUGAUCUCCAGGUGCCGUCCCUCAGCCCCUCCCCAUCCAGCUGGUCGUGGGACCGAGAGGAGGAUCGGCGGCGACAGGAGAAGUGGCAGGAAGAGCAGGAGCGCCUCCUACAGGAGCAAUACCAGCGGGACCAGGAGAGACUGGAGGCCGAGUGGCGCAGGGCACAACAGGAUGCGACUGGGGACUUGUGCAGGAAGUCGGUGCAAACCAGCUUCCAGAUGACCAAUGGCGGUGUGGGCCCUGCCAGAACACAGCUCCAUGUGAAUGCCCUGUCAAACAGAGCUGCACGAGAAGAGCAGAGGCCUGACGGAGACGAGCUGAACGAAUCGGGACGUAAACCUCAGAGUGAUGCACACGGCCAGCAGAGGGAAGCCAUCGCUGAACAAGACUGGGCUUCGGAAUCCUGUGGCUUUGCUCAGCUGUCUACUGCACACAGGGCGAAGUCUUUGUCCUCCCCGGCCUUAGCUGGCUCCCACAAACAGAUACGAGGUGAUCAGAGGAAAAGAAAAGGACAGUCCCUGUCUAAGAGUGAGCAGGACAGGCAGCAGAUUUUGGAGGAGAUGAAGAAAAGGACUCAGCUCCUGACCGACAACAGCUGGAUACGUCCGCGCAGAAGCAGCUUUACCAAGGAACCAGUCUACGGCAUGGAUCCUCUGAAGAGGUACGAGUCUCUGGACGACCUGGACUCUUUGCGUCACCCCCCAGUAUCAUCCGCCACGUUCGGUUUCCCUCGUCCACACUCAGCUGCAGGUUCCUGCGCCCCGAGCAGGAACUGCUCCUCCCGCUACAGCACCGGAGCCAUUUUAUCCAGGAAAUAUGUAUCCAUGGACCCAGCUCAUCACGGCAGUGUGUGGGCUGCCUCCGAUAUUUCGGAGGAACUGAAACUGGAGUCUAGGUUCGAAACUGCAACUGGAAGCCCCACUGUGAGUUAUGACCAAGUCCAGUACACUGGUUCCUCCUUCCUGUGACCGACAUGCAGUGCUCCAGGUCACAGAGUGAGCAGCCGAAUAUAAUCUGUGGAGGCGCAGUGGAAACAGUCCACACAGCCGAGCAGUGACCUUUGUCUCCUACAGUAACUGUUGGUGAAUUUAAGAUGUUGACGUUCUGUGGAUCCUCAAGCAAAGAUUCUGAAUCGUUGCUUUUUAAUCAAAUGUGCUACUUCCUGUCUCUUUUGUGCUACUUCCUGUCUCUUUUCAUGCUAAUUUAUUUCCCAGAAAAUGUAGAUUAAUAUAUGAAAUAAAGCAGUAAAGAGAUUUAUUAUCAUUGUAAUUAGUGUUUGGUUAAUGCUUUUAUUGUAGUGUUAGUGAUGCUGUUCAUUAAAUCGUUGUGCUGUCUUGAAUCUGAGCCCGUUAGUGUGUUUAAAUACAGAUAUUUCUUGUUGAUGUAAGUCAUGUAUGGUGGCACAUUCUAAACACUGUUCUGUUGAAAUCUCACCAUGUGCACUUUGGGGUGAAUAAAUCCGUGGUUUACAUAUAUGUAUUUCUCACAUGAAAAUGGGCGUCUUAACUGAAAUUAUUUUGUAAAUAAAGUGCACUGAACAUUA